ACUUGCGUUGUACCCGGGCGGAGUACGGCCGCGACGGGGCGGGCGGACUCGCUGGCGCUGACAGCCGGCUUCAGGUCCUUGGCUCCUGGCGCUCCAACCCCCAUUUUGACCCCUACCCGGCCCAGGAACCCGACUCCCACCCGGCCCGACCCGGCCCCCGCCCCCGCCCCCCGGGCCGAUGGACUACUCCUACCUCAAUUCGUACGAUUCGUGCGUGGCGGCCAUGGAGGCGUCCGCCUACGGCGACUUCGGCGCCUGCAGCCAGCCCGGCGGCUUCCAAUACAGCCCCCUGCGGCCCGCCUUCCCCGCGGCCGGGCCUCCCUGCCCCGCGCUCGGCUCCUCCAACUGCGCGCUUGGCGCUCUACGCGACCACCAGCCCGCGCCCUACUCGGCAGUGCCCUACAAGUUCUUCCCGGAGCCAUCGGGCCUGCACGAGAAGCGCAAGCAGCGGCGCAUCCGCACCACGUUCACCAGCGCGCAGCUGAAGGAGCUGGAGCGCGUCUUUGCCGAGACCCACUACCCCGACAUUUACACGCGCGAAGAGCUGGCGCUCAAGAUCGACCUCACUGAGGCUCGCGUGCAGGUCUGGUUCCAGAAUCGCCGGGCCAAGUUCCGAAAACAGGAGCGCGCGGCCAGCGCCAAGGGUGCGGCGGGCGCGGCGGGCGCCAAAAAGGGUGAGGCGCGCUGCUCGUCCGAGGAUGACGACUCCAAAGAGUCCACGUGCAGCCCCACGCCCGACAGCACCGCGUCGCUGCCGCCACCGCCCGCGCCCGGCCUGGCCAGCCCGCGCCUGAGCCCCAGCCCGCUGCCCGCCGCCCUGGGCUCUGGGCCCGGACCCGGGCCAGGGCCACAGCCGCUCAAGGGCCCGUUGUGGGCUGGCGUGGCGGGCGGUGGGGGCGGCGGGCCGGGCGCGGGCGCUGCGGAGCUGCUUAAGGCCUGGCAGCCGGCGGAACCCGGGCCCGGCCCCUUCUCAGGGGUUCUGUCCUCCUUUCACCGGAAACCUGGUCCCGCCCUGAAGACCAAUCUCUUCUAGCCGCCGGCCUCUGGAGGCUCCGGGCCUGCGGCCAGAGACGCCCCUGCCCCUCCAGGACCUGAGAGACCCUCCCCAUCCCGGCCGCCUGCCUGAUGUCUCCCUCUGUCCAGUUUCCCCACCGAGUCUGACCCCUACAUGUGCCCUCCCCACCUUUAGAGACCAAGGCAGGGUCACUCUCGUCCUCACCCAUUCCCACACAGAAGAGCGGGCUACUUUUACUUUUCACUGGGACGCCCUCCAGCAGAGCCCGAGCACCUUCUAGCUUGGCUUUCUUUGGAACCGGGAUCAAAUAACACCUGUCCCUACCACAGUGGGCAAACGUGAGGAGCCUCAAGGAGAAACAGCCCGGCUUCCUCCCCAGCUCUGCAGCUGGUUGAGUCACUCCUCACCUUGGUGACCAGCCCACUUGGGCCCCACCCCUCGGGCCCACCGGCCCUGAUACCGCCCCUGCAAAGGCUGGCCGUCAUUGGGAUAAUGAGCGGCCUGAAGAGUCCCGCUGCCAACUUGAACCUCGUCCCCUCGCAUCCCCAGCCAGUCUGGCACAAAGGGUAGG